AUGACUGGAGGCAAAUCCGGCGGCAAGGCCAGCGGCAGCAAGAACGCUCAAUCCCGUUCUUCCAAGGCGGGUCUUGCUUUCCCCGUCGGUCGUGUUCACCGUCUUCUCCGCAAGGGUAACUACGCCCAGCGUGUUGGUGCUGGUGCCCCCGUCUACUUGGCUGCUGUCCUUGAAUACCUUGCUGCCGAAAUUCUCGAGUUGGCUGGAAACGCCGCUCGUGACAACAAGAAGACUCGUAUCAUCCCUCGUCAUCUCCAGCUCGCCAUCCGUAACGAUGAGGAAUUGAACAAGCUUUUGGGCCACGUCACCAUCGCCCAAGGUGGUGUCCUCCCCAACAUUCACCAGAACUUGCUCCCCAAGAAGACCCCCAAGAGCGGGAAGGGGUCUCAGGAAUUGUAA